AAGACGUAGCAGCGUUCUGUUUAGGAGCAACAAAUGAGUGUUACCGAACAACGACGGGGCAUUGAAAUUGAAAGUUGACGUUUUUAUGUGCUAUAUUUUAAAUUUAAAUCAGCAUUUAUAUCCGUUUUUGUCACAGUUUUUGGUAGCGAAGUUUCCUCCGUUGAACUUGUGCAUUUUGAGAAGUUAGCCUGGCGUUAGCAUGCUAGCUACAGGUGGAUCUCCCGGUCGACUCGAUGUCUGUGAGACGGGCUCUGGUGGAUUGUGCUGUGUUGUCUCUGCAGGAUUCCUGUGUGUUUUAUCCGUGCUGUAAAGGCUGCUUCUGCAGGGUGGAUGUCGAACAGCAGGACGCGACGAGAUACAGAUGCUCCAGAUGUGGUUACAGGUGUCUGAGGGAACAGGUCGAGUACAGGUAUCGCCUCUCUCUGAGGGUGACCUGGGACAGUCGCAUAUUUGGCGUCACAGUGUUUGGAAGCAGCCUGAACCCAUUCUUUGGCAUUCAUGCAAGUGAAUUACAGAGGUUAGUGGAAGACUUGGAUGGGCCGGUUGAACCAUCAACAAGACUCACGUUGCUGGUGAAGGCUGUUGAGGACUGUUUCAUCGGCAGACAUUUCAUCUUUGGUUUAAAGGCAAGCGAAGCAGAAAGUGGACCUUGGUUUGGAGGAUCCUUCCCGAAUGGCUUUUCCAGUACAGACCAGUUUGUUGCCAGUCAGAUGAUUCUCCCCAAAGCUACGGGCCUGGCAGGCUGCACGGUCGUCAGUUAUUAUCGGAGUCUUCUUCAGAAAGUUUCAGAAUAUGAAGGGGGAUCCGGUGAUUCCAGCAAAACCUGCAGACUUCCAGCAGCAGCCCUGCUGCUAAUUUCUGAUCAUUCUCCAACCAGCAGCUUUAAUAAUGUCACACUGUCUGCCUCUGGUCUCCUGUCCCCAUCACUGCAAAGAUCACAGCUCCAGGACUGCACCCUUACUCCCACCCCUCCAUGGCAACAGUCACUCGGAGUAAUUACUUCGUCAGCAGAGCAAGAGGAAUGCUGCGGUACCCAGGGUAGUGGAGAUGAGACCAGCAGACAGACAGGCAACAGCACCACACCACAUCCUGCACAAAGAGGCUGCCUGGAGAACCAUAACACCACCGAGGAGAGAAGUUCUUUCCUCGCUGUCGAGCACAGCUUGUAUAGUAGUCCAUCAUUUGUCAAAUACCCAAACUUAUCUGUUAAAGAAGCGGUUGAAAACAGCCCCGUCCUGAACACCUGGCUCAGUCCCUCACAGCCUGACUGCAAAUGGCACAGCGCCGAUGUGAAGGAGCUUUCUCCCAGACAAGCUAACAGAACAUUUUUGUCAAGCUCAUUGGUUUGGGAGGAUUUGCCUUUCUCUGAGAGUCUUACAGCAUUUUUAUGUGAAGAAAACAAAGAUUUUAAAGUAGCUAGUGAAACAGAGUCCAAUGGAAAUGUGCACCAACAGAAAGAAACAGCAAAAAGUACCCUGGACAUUACAAACUCAGCAACUGAAUCAACUUCUGCUAGUCAGAGAAACACCCACAUGACACACAGUCAUUCACAGAUGUUCCUAGAUAUCACUAAUACACCUGCUUUGGGUGGAGCGGACAGACAUGGUUUAUUAAACCAGGUACAUGGGAACCCUCUGGAAUGCCUGACCAGGAGUGAAGAAAGAAACGUUUGUUCCCGUGAGUGUAAUGAGCAGGAUGAGCAGGAUAGUUCCCAGUGUUUUGAAAAGGAAGAAGAGCAGCUUCAAGGGGACACUUACAACUGUUCAGCAGACCUUUUCAGUGGCUCACUCACGAACACAGAGAUGCUCAACACAAAUGCAGAAACUGUCAGAACAGCCACAGAAGCUUGCCCGCUGUUUACAAAGCCAGACCAACAGCAUCAAAGAGAUGGGAACGCUAAUGUCACAUGUUCAACACCAGCCAAACACAAGCUCAAAAGCAGGAAAUGCACCAACAGGAGCAGUUUAAUCCCACAGAUCACUCAAGAUUUUGAAUUUGUCCCUCCCUCUCAGUCCACCCCCAUCGUAAAAGUAGGUGUUGUGUCCCAGUCGCCUGCCUGCUUAUACAGAAACUUGACGGGUGAUUGCAAUUUACAACUUGACUAUCAAGAUUCUGGAGCUUUUUGUGGAAAUCUGCAUCAACUGGACAAUAAAAAGCAAGCUAAAACCACCACCACCCCCUCUGUCUUAUGUAAAAGGAACGCUUUCAAGGCUAACAAGCUGUUUCAGCGCGGCAGAGAGUCUACAAAAGAAAACUCAGUGUGGAGCAGCACAUCCAGAAGAUGCAGCUACAGACUUACUCCAGGAAGGAGGUUCUGGAAAGCCGACGAGCACAAAAACCACCGACAGGCUCAGCAACACCUGAGGGUUCAGGGAGAGGCUCAAAACGAGGGACCAGCGGGAACAGUUGACCACAAAUUAGACUCAAAGGUUUGUGAUGAUGAGGACAGUGAAGUAAUUGUUCCCCCGACACCUGCUGGUAAAACACAAUGUAGUGCAACGCCCAGAAGAAGGAGGCAGACUGAUGACAGGAGCUGUCAUUUGGGUUCUGCCUGGGACGGACAGCAGGGAGGAUUGAACUGUAAAAGAACUCUGUUGGAUCAAUCAUCACAGAGAGGCGGGACAGUUCUUGAGGGGAGUCUCGAUGGAUCUAAUGAUUACCUCCUUGAUAAUGAGAACCUGACGCGUGAUUGGUCCAGAGAUCUGUUCUCUGACUCAGCCUGAGAGCUUCUGUUGCAGAUUGACUUUAAAAAAUGUGCCAGAAAUUCAAAGAUUGUUGUACUUCAUGCCAGUAGGCCAAAUUAUAAUCCCCUUUUGUGUCGGAGGAGUAGCACUGCUGCUUUUACCGUUACUAAUGCUGCACUACUCUGUCCAUAGAGUAGACUAAAAGAAAAGAGCACAUACUUUAAAUACUAAAGAUAAGAGAGAGGCUGUCUCACCCUGUCUUCUGCAGUUUGCACCAUGUGUCUGGAAAUGGAGUAAUUUGCUUGAUUUUUAUGCACUUUUUAGCUCGCAUUGUCACUCCAAUGGGAUGUACCAAAGCUUUAAGUUUUCAGUUCAGCACCUGAUCUCACAAAUAGUAGCCGUCAGGGAGAAAAUCAGCAAAUAUCAGCAAAUCCUUACUGCUAACUGUGUUUUUGCAAUGACAUGUUUUUAAAAUUACUGAAUACUUUUUCUGCACUUUU